AUGAGACAGCUUGAAGGUCCUGAAAUAGUUCAAGAAACUGUAGGUAAGAUACGAACAGUCCAACAGUGUUUGAAAGCAUCACAAGAUCGGAAAAAGAGCUACACUGAUAGACAUUAUAGGGAAAUGGAAUAUGAAGUGGGUGAGAAAGUAUUCUUGAAAGUAUCUCCAUGGAAAGGAAUUUUGAGAUUUGGGAAGCAGAGAAAGCUCAGUCGAAGAUAUAUUGGACCAUAUGAAAUCAUUAAGAGAAUUGGACCAUUGGCUUAUCGACUAGCAUUACCGGGAGAGUUAUCACAAAUUCAUGACGUGUUUCAUAUUUCCAUGUUAAGAAGAUAUAGAUCUGAUCCUAGUCAUGUUAUACAAGAACCGGAGGUGGAAAUCACAGAGAAAUUGGUAUACAUAGAGGGAACCUAUAGAAAUACUAGGAGGAGAGGUAAAGAAAUUAAGAAAUAA